UGAGAGUGGGCGGUGGACAGGGAAGCUGGGUUCCGCGGCUUCUGCGUCUCUAUGGUCGAGAGAGAGGUGGGCGGCUUUCCCUGAGUGGCUGCUGAAGCUGGAGCUCGGACGGGAUGUUUCGUCUCAACACCCUUUCUGCAUUGGCAGAACUAGCUGUGGGCUCUCGAUGGUACCAUGGGGCAUCUCAGCCUGCACAGACCAAGCGAAGACUGAUGAUGGUGGCUUUCCUGGGAGCAUCCGCAGUGACUGCCAGUACUGGUCUCUUAUGGAAGAAGGCUCAUGCAGAGUCUCCAACGUGUGUCAACAACAAAAAGACUGACACUGGUGAUAAAAGCAAGGCUAAAGACCAAGAGGAAGUCUGCAGCCAUGAGGGAAGGGCUGCGGACACUGGGACCGAGCCUUGUCCAGAAGAGAAGAAGAAGCGUUCUGGAUUCAGAGACAGAAAAGUGAUGGAAUAUGAGAAUAGGAUCCGAGCCUACUCCACACCAGACAAAAUCUUCCGAUAUUUUGCCACCUUGAAAGUAAUCAGCGAACCUGGAGAAACGGAAGUGUUUAUGACCCCACAGGACUUCGUGCGAUCUAUAACACCAAAUGAAAAGCAACCCGAACACUUGGGCCUGGACCAGUAUAUAAUAAAACGCUUUGAUGGAAAGAAAAUUGCCCAGGAACGAGAAAAGUUUGCUGAUGAAGGCAGUAUAUUCUACACCCUUGGAGAAUGUGGGCUCAUCUCCUUCUCCGACUACAUUUUCCUUACCACUGUUCUUUCCACUCCUCAGAGAAAUUUUGAAAUUGCUUUCAAGAUGUUUGACUUGAAUGGAGAUGGAGAAGUAGACAUGGAGGAGUUUGAGCAGGUUCAAAGCAUCAUUCGCUCCCAAACCAGCAUGGGCAUGCGCCACAGAGACCGUCCCACUACUGGGAACACCCUCAAGUCUGGCUUAUGCUCAGCCCUCACAACCUACUUUUUUGGAGCUGAUCUCAAAGGGAAACUCACCAUCAAAAACUUCCUGGAAUUUCAACGUAAACUUCAGCAUGAUGUGCUGAAGCUGGAGUUUGAACGCCAUGACCCAGUGGAUGGGAGAAUCACUGAGAGGCAGUUUGGUGGCAUGCUGUUGGCCUACAGCGGAGUGCAGUCCAAGAAGCUGGCUGCCAUGCAGAGACAGCUAAAGAAGCGCUUCAAAGACGGGGAGGGUCUGACUUUCCAGGAAGUAGAGAACUUCUUCACUUUCCUGAAGAACAUUAAUGACGUGGACACUGCUUUGAGCUUUUACCACAUGGCUGGAGCAUCCCUUGAUAAAGUGACCAUGCAGCAAGUGGCCAGGACGGUGGCGAAAGUGGAACUCUCGGACCACGUGUGUGACGUGGUGUUUGCACUCUUUGACUGUGAUGGCAAUGGGGAGCUGAGCAAUAAGGAGUUUGUUUCCAUCAUGAAGCAGCGGCUGAUGAGAGGCCUGGAGAAGCCCAAGGACAUGGGCUUCACUCGUCUCAUGCAGGCUAUGUGGAAAUGUGCGCAAGAAACUGCCUGGGACUUUGCUCUGCCCAAAUAGUGUUCCACCUCCUGCAUCCUAGCACCCUGGAUGCCGUGGAGUGGCCCUUCAUGCUGCUGCUGCUGCUUCUGGGAGUAGUGUGCAACCCCCACCUUUCUGGGAGUGACCUCUGGGUUCAGUGGGCUUCCCUUUCCACCUUCCCUGACCCCAUCAGAGUUCUGCUAGGCAACAAAUUUGCAGUCAGAUCAAAGGUUCUAAAAAAAAAACAUGGACAAGUUUUCAAAGCUGAGACCUUAGCUCAUUUAACAACUGCCCUAUGGAUAAAGAAUGCAGGGAGCCAGCCCUGGGGAGCACCCCCCUCUCCAGGCUCCCUCUCCAGGCUCCCUCUCCAGGCUCUCUCACUGUGGGUUUAUAUUAAGAACAUCCCCCUGCUCUUCCUCCUGCUGUUUUCAAGCUGCAAGUUUGAAAAUACUCUGGCAGGCAAGAGUAGGUCUGUGAUGAAUGAUAAUGAAGCCAACCCUGGCCCUGAGCUGCCUGGAGGCCUGGUCAGAAGGUCUGUGUCAGACACAGGCCAUGCCAGGAAGGCCUUGUGCUCCCAGAGAGUUCCAGAUUCAAAGGAGCUGCUUCAUGGUCCUUUCUGCUCCCUCGUUUCCUUCCCAGGCUCCCUGGGACGCCUCCUCAGGGACUUUGCUUCACUGGCAACAGUGGCUGAGUUCCAGUUCCUUCCAGUGCCACCUCCCCUCUGUAUGGGCUUGCAAUGCCCAGACCCAGCUCAGAGCCCAUCUGCCCUCUGUCUAAAACACUCAUAAAAUAUCACUUUAAUUAUAGCAGUUUGCAGUAAA